AUGAGGCUUCCUCCCAGCGAUCAAUUGCUCAAUGCCUUGAUGGCCAACUCCUGGAUCACCCUUCAACUGUCCACUUGUGGAGGUUUUGAGGUCAAAGUCUCUGACACAAGGGGCAAACAGCUUUUGUUGCCAGGUAAAGAGGUAACAAAUAGUAAAUAA